GUCGAUACAUGAUGUUGAGAAUUAGCGGUGUGAUCUACAAAGUCAUUCUUUGAAAUUUGUGAAAAUUUUCAACACUUUUUGCAGGACUCUAUUGCCCUGCAGCCUCUUUUUCAAAUAAAAAUGACCACGUAUCUACAAUAGAGGAACACAACACAAAAACCAAGGAUGGCAGAUAAUCUGGGAGGCUUGUUUGACUCUGACCCAGGUUUUCUUGAAGAGCUUGCCAGUGGAGCAGAUGACACUGGCCAGCCACAGCCUCAGCAUGGUAUUCCAGGAAUGAUGCAGCAGUCAGGUCCUGGACAGAUUCCUGGCGGGAUGAUGCAGCAAGGCUAUGGCGCUUUGGGUGCGGGCAUGCAGCAGGCCCCCGCCCAAAGCUCCUUCCAGAACAUGCAAUACCCGACACAGCAACAGCAGUUUCAACAGCAGAACUUUGGACCUCAAUAUAACAGCCAGCAAGUGUACAGUCCACGUAUGAACCCUAGUCAGCAGCCGCAGGGCCAUAUAAAUCCUAUGAUGUCGCCAAAUCAUAGGAGCCAGUUUGCAGGUCAGCCAGUGGGACAUCAGAUGUACCCAUACACUUCUGGUAGCUCUAGUCAGUCAGGGCCUCGCUUGCCAAAUCCUGCCCAACAGCAAAGCAUAGGGCAGAUGCCGGGUUGGAAUCAGAAUCCUGGAAUUUAUAAUCAGCAACAACAGCAACAGCAGCAGCAGUAUCUACCUCAUAACGAGUAUUCCAUUCCGAAUUCCAGCAAUCAGCAGAUGCCACAUAUGCAACAGACACAGCAAUACCCAACACAAGCCCAGCAAAAGCCUGGCAUGUAUGUGCAGAGAAUGACCUCAUCUGGAUCUUUGAACAGAUUACCAAUGACUCAAACUCCAAGUAGUCAAGCAAACAUUGGAAUGCCUCAACAGAUGUACACCCAACAAGGAAUGAUGGGUUCUCAGAACUUUCCAAACGUGAAUAUGUCCAACCCCAUGACCUCAGACCCCAUGAUGAUGCAGAAAACACAGCCACAACAGCAGUAUGUACAACAGCAACAACAGCAGCAGUUUCAGCAGCAGUUUCCAUACCGAUCACCUCCACAUGUUCAGCAACAGAAAAAGCUUGCUGAUCAUAGCAUGACACCGCAGCAGCAACAAGCAAGCAUGAGGUUUUCUCAGUCCAGCCCAACGCAGACUAACAUCCCUCAGAGCCAGAGAAUACCCUCUUACAACGCCAUGCAGAGCAAUAUGAACCAGCAGCCUCGCCCAAAUGUGCCAAUGCUGUCUCCACGUCCCACUCCUCCUCCCCCCUCCCCAUCUGUUACUCCAGGGAUGCUCUCACCCACAGGGUCAUCCUCCUCCCACCAGGGAAGCUUUAGCCAGAUAGACUCCUCACCAAACCCGAACCAACCAACCUUACAACCCCAACAACAAAAUAGUGCUAGUGCUCUGCCGACAACAGUAUUGGAAAAUGCUUCAGGUGAUAUGAACAUGUCAAACUUUCCAUUCAAUCAAUCAUCAAAUAUGAACCAACAAACACCAACUAUUAAUCAAAAUCAACAGCAGAAUGUGAAAGCCAAUGGACCAUCAGGAAAUGUUAGUCCUGUGAAGAAUGUUAUGUCUCCUACAAAACCAGUUACAUCUCCACAAAAUGCUAAUAUCGAGAUACAGAACCUCAAUCAGCAGAUUCAGCAACUGUUCAACAUGCCACAGACUCCGAACACACAACAGAAGAUCCAUGAAUUGCAGGAGAAGGCUCAAACUCUGAAGUCUCAGCAGUUACAGCAGUCACCCAGACCUGUACAGCAACAGGUACAAAAUUUGCAGCAGCAGCCACUGCUGAGUAAUAUACCUGCCACUGUUCAAACUCCAGCUGUAAGUCAGCAACAGCAGCAACAACAGCUGCCAAACUCUUCAUCACCUCAACAAAAGUCCCCACCAAAUACUGCAAAACAAAGCCCUAAACAGCCCGCUAUUAACAACCAACAGCAGCAACAGGAGACAACUCCCUCACAACAACAACAACAGCAAGUGGUGUCACCAAAUCAGCAGCCUGUAAACAAUCAACAACAGCAACAGACUGCAAGCUCUCAGCCACAACACACACUAGCUAGCAGCGUGCAGCAGCCAUUAAUGCCGCAGCCCAGCAUGGUCCAGGCACAACAAAACCAUGCUCCUACUGGCCAACUAGUGCAGGCUGGAAACCCUAUGCCCCAGGGUCAAGUUCCCCCUACAAGUAUGAUGACAAUACAGACAGGCAUGUCAGGAAUGAUUCGUCCUCAGGCCCCAAUGCAGCCCAGUCCUCAAAUGACAUCAUUGUCUGGGCCUCAGAUGUCUCCAAUGGCUGGUCCUCCAAUGUCAUGCACACCCAUGCAGGGGCCUUCUAUGGGUAUAUCCCAGAUGUCACCUAUGCCAGGUACCCAAAUGUCACCUAUGCCCGGUACCCAGAUGAUGCCUGGAACCCAGAUAGGUUCAGUUCAACAUAUGAGGCCCGGAGCUCCAAUGCUGCAAGGGCAGAUGCAAAUGAGACCUAUGAACCAGCAGGGAGGGCCUCAGAAUGUCCUCAUCUUGCAAUCACAGCAGAAUGAAAUGUUCCAUUGCAUGAUGGGCCACUGGCAGCACCCUGGGGGAAUGAGGAUGGCAACUGCUCCGUUACCAGGCCAAAUGCCGACAUUGACCACUCUACCACAGCCAGUGUUGAAUGGGAUGCCCCAACCACAGCAGCAAAUAGUCAUCCGACAUACUGGGCAAGGUGGACCCGGGAACCAGCCAUUGAUAAUCCAGGGACCUAUGCCAGGUCAUAUGAUGGGAAACAAUGGCUCCGAUGAUCCAUCUUGCCAGCAAGAAAAGGCCAAUAAAAUUAUAGCAGAGGCCAUCGCUAAAGCUCAAAAGUCUGGGACCAGCUCGAAUAUCCCUCGUGUUUUACAACCUCCAGACCUUCCAGCUACAUUAGAAGGCUUAGAUAGUUCUGAGCCAACCCCUGAUGGUAAAAAACCUAAAAAGAAGAGAAAAUAUACUCCAAGAAAACAAAAGGAGCCAAAAGAACCUAAUGAGAAAAAGAAAAAGAAAGCUAAGAAAGGAAAAGUGGAGGCAAUUGAACCCUCACCAGUAAUUGAGGAAGGGGAAUCACUGUUAACUGUUGAUAGUACAGCAACAAUGACAACAUUUGCAGAUGAUGAGGAUGAGGAUGAGUUUCGAUUGGAAAUUGACGAGAGUGGCAAAGAAGAAAAGGACAAAAAGCCGAAGAAGAAAAAGAGCAGCAGAACUCCAAAAUCAGAAAAAAAACAACCAAAAAAACCACCAGCAACAUUCCUGACAAAUAAGAAGAGGAAACGCAGGGGCUCCUCUGAUGGUUCAGACAUAGAACUGAAAAUUACCCCACCUCCUUCUCCCGAAAAUGAAGAUUAUAAGAGAAGAUCAGGCCGCAAUGUGAAGCGUAAGAAGUACACGGAUGACGUUGGUCUCAACCUCUCUGACGAGGACACUCUUGAUAUGAUUGCUGACAACAUUGAGGGCGCUGUAGUUAAACCGGAAAACCCAACAGAGGAGGAUGCAAUUGUUGUUGACAAGAUUCUCGGAUGUCGGAUAAGGAAGCCGGAUCCAGAUGAAGAGGAUCAGGAGGAGGUUGAAGAGUACUUUGUCAAGUAUAAGAACUUUUCGUACCUGCACUGUGAAUGGAGAACAGAGGCUGAAAUUCAGGACAAAAGGAUUCAGGGAAAGAUUAAACGCUACAGACAGAAGAAACAACAGGCUGUCGAUGUCUAUGAUGAUGAGGAGGAGCUGUUCAAUCCCGACUAUGUAGAGGUGGAUCGCGUGUUGGAGGAGUCAAAAGUAAUUGACCCGAUCACUCAAGAGGAGUCAACCCACUACCUCGUAAAAUGGCGCUCACUGGCGUAUGAGGACUCUACAUGGGAACUGCAGCAGGACGUCGACCCAGAGAAGGUGAAGAUCUUCAAGCGAGUGUCAGCCCUGCCGCCAGAAGAGGAAAGAGAGCACAAAGCUCGACCAAAAGCAUCAGAUUGGACAGAACUAAAGGAGCAUCGUGAAUACAAGGGAGGUAACCAACUGCGGGAAUACCAGCUUGAGGGAGUCAAUUGGCUUACAUUCAACUGGUACAAAAAACAAAACUGUAUCUUGGCUGAUGAAAUGGGCCUUGGAAAGACUAUCCAGAGCAUCACGUUUCUCCAGGAGAUGUUUAAUUAUGGAAUUCAGGGGCCGUUUCUUGUGGUCGCCCCUCUUUCCACCAUAGCAAACUGGCAGAGGGAGUUUGAGACUUGGACGGAAAUAAACGCCAUCACAUAUCAUGGAACCUCACCCAGUCGCUACAUGCUGCAGGAGUAUGAGAUGUAUUAUCGGGAUGAAGAGGGCAAUAAGAUCACAGGCUUCUACAAGUUUCAGGCCAUCAUUACAACGUACGAGAUCAUUCUCUCUGACCUGGAACUUCUACAGUCCAUCGACUGGCGCUGUAUCAUCAUCGACGAGGCUCAUAGGCUAAAGAACAAGAACUGCAGUCUCAUCAAGGGGCUCAGGCUAUUGGACUUUGAGCACAAGGUGUUGCUGUCGGGCACUCCCCUACAGAACAAUGUGGAGGAACUGUUCAGUCUGCUCAACUUCCUCGAACCUAGUCAAUUUUCAUCAGUUAAUGCUUUCUUGGCCGAGUUUGGCAACCUACAAACAGAAGAACAGGUGGAUAAAUUAAAGGCCAUCCUGAAGCCAAUGAUGCUGCGCCGACUCAAGGAAGAUGUAGAGAAAAACCUUGCAGCCAAGGAAGAAACCAUUAUUGAAGUGGAAUUGACUAAUAUUCAGAAGAAGUAUUAUCGUGCAAUAUUGGAGAAGAACUUCUCCUAUCUGUGUAAAGGUGCUAACUCAACCAAUGUUCCAAGUCUGUUGAACACUAUGAUGGAACUCAGAAAGUGCUGUAAUCAUCCAUAUCUUUUAAAUGGUGCUGAGGAGAACAUCCUGUCUGAGUUGCGUCAGAAGGAGGGCCGGGAACCAGAGCACAUCCAGGCUCUCAUCCAGGCCUCCGGAAAGUUUGUGCUCCUAGACAAACUGCUGCCCCGCCUUAAACAAGGUGGCCACCGCAUCCUCAUCUUCUCACAGAUGAUACGGGUCCUGGACAUCAUAGAGGAUUACCUCAUACACAAAAAGUACCUUUAUGAGAGACUGGAUGGCCGUAUCCGUGGUAACUUGCGACAGGAAGCCAUUGACCGCUACUCAAAGCCAGACUCAGACCGGUUUGUAUUUCUCAUCUGUACAAAGGCUGGAGGUCUUGGGAUCAACUUGACAGCGGCCGACACCGUGGUCAUCUAUGACUCUGACUGGAACCCACAGAAUGAUCUUCAGGCUCAGGCCAGAUGUCACCGCAUUGGUCAGAGCAAGAUGGUGAAGGUCUACCGACUGAUUACUCGCAACUCGUACGAAAGGGAGAUGUUUAAUAGAGCCAGUAUGAAACUGGGGCUCGACAAGGCGGUGCUUCAAUCCAUGGGAGGAGACAAACUUUCUCAACCGAAUCAACAGUUGACAAAGCGUGAGAUUGAGGACUUGUUGCGGAAGGGAGCAUAUGGCGCAUUGAUGGAUGACGACAGUGCAGGAGAUAAGUUCUGUGAGGAAGAUAUUGAGCAGAUCCUGGCUGGCCGUACACAGGUUAUACAGAUUGAGAGCGAGGGCAAGGGAUCCACAUUCUCAAAGGCCAGUUUCUCUGUCACCACCAACAGGGAUGACAUCGAUAUCAACGAUGCAGACUUCUGGCAGAAGUGGGCUAGGAAGGCUGAUGUUGAUGUUGACAGUCUAGAAACUCGGGAAUUGAUAGUUGAUGAGCCUCGUGUACGAAAACGUACAGCGCGAUACGGCAACAACGAGACAAUGGCGGAGAUCUCUGACCUCGGGUCAGACAGUGACUCCAAUGAGAGUGAUGAGGGGAGUAGAAAAGGUCGUAAGACUCGAAGAGGAAGGAAGGAAGAUGAAGACCUGGACUUUGAGAAGGAACGACACCGCGCCAAGUCCUCUGGUUCGGGUUAUGGCAGGUCUGAACUGUUCAAGGUUGAGAAAGGGCUUCUGCAUUAUGGCUGGGGUCGUUGGAAGGACAUUAUGGGUCAUUCUCGUUUCAAGAGACCUAUGGAGGAAAAGGAUAUAGAAAAUGUUGCCAAGGCAAUUCUGCUGUACGGUCUACAGUAUUAUAAGGGAGACGAGAGAAUCAAGGAGUUCAUAUCAGACCUGAUUGCCCAGGAGAAGGAAGGCGGGCUCAGGAACCACUCAGGGCUCUCUGCGCCUGUGCCCCGUGGGCGCAAGGGCAAGAAGGCAAAGGAUCAGGAAAGCCACUUUGACGCCAACGAGGAGAUUGAAAAAGCUGGAAUCAAGAUGGACCGAGACAUCAUUUAUAACAAAAAUGCAUACAAAAGACAUAUCGGUAGACAUUCCAACAAGGUGCUAUUGCGAGUGCGAACCCUGUAUUACCUGAAGCAUGAGCUUCUGGGCGACGUUGUGGAGCAGAUUGACAAGGGUCUUCAUGUCAAGGAUAUAAACUUACCAGCACCAGUAGCAGACAACGAACCUCCGGUGUACUGGUGGGACGAGCUUGCGGACAAAUCACUCCUGGUGGGCACGUACAAGCACGGGUAUGAGAAGUAUAACCUGAUGAGGCAGGACCCACUACUUGUGUUCCUGGAUCGGUGUGGGCCGCCAGAUAACGCUGCCCUAGCUGCUGAGAUGAGGGAGGAUGAUGAUAAUGAAGGAGAUGAUAUGGACGAUGCAAGCAUCCUAAUGAAUGAAGAUGAGGACUCCCUAGCCUGUGCCUCUGAUGCAGCGUCCACCCCACGUCGUGGCACAACUGCCCCCGCUCCAAAACCAGCACCUGCUGAGGGGGAGGAGGGUGAUGAUGAUAAACUGCCAUUCCCCACAGUGUCAGAGAUGAACACACGGCUGAGGAGGAUCAUAACCACAUACCAGAGAGACUUCAAGAAACAGCAGCUGAAACAACAGCAACAGGCAAAGAAAAUGGAGAAGAGGGAAAAGCUAGAUGCCAUGUUCCGGGAGAAGGAGUCCCGCAAGAAGGACACUCAGCAGAACAGGUGGACGCGAAGGGAGGAGUCAGACUUCUACCGCAUGGUAUCCACUUACGGAAUCGAGUUUGACCGACACAAGGGCCGUUAUAUGUGGGACAAGUUCCGCAUCAUGGCAAAACUGGAGAAGAAGACUGAUGAGCAGCUUACCGAGUAUUUCAUAUCGUUUUACCAUAUGUGUCUCCGAGUGUGCCGCAAGAUCAAGGAAGAAGCAUACCCGCCAACCCCAGUGUACAUAGAACAGAUAACAGAAGAGAGAGCCAACCGAUGUAUUGCCCGUAUCGACCUUCUCUCAAAGAUACGAGAGGAGAUUGUCGUCCAUCCGAAGAUGGAGCAGAGGAUCAAGUUGUGUCAGAAGUCUCUUGACCUUCCUUCCUGGUGGAUUAACGGCAAACAUGAUCGCGAGCUUCUCAUUGGGGCUGCUAAACAUGGGCUUGCACGCACAGACUACUACAUCAUGAAUGACCCAAGUCUGUCCUUCAUGGACUCGAUCCGAGCGUACAUGAAGGUCCACUCCAUCUCCCCUGACGGCAUGCUGGGAAAGGGGGCUGACAAGAAAGAUGUAAAGAAAGAGAAGGUAGAAAGUGCUGAUGUAAAAAAGGAAGAGGGGGAAUCCUCUGAAGAAAAGCAGGACAAAGAACCUAAUGCAGAGGUUAAAAGCGAACAGUCUGAUAAACCAGAAAAGACUGAAGACAGUGACCAAGAUAGUGCUGCUAAAGCAAAGGACCAAAAAGAUGAAAGUGAUGCCAAAGAACAAACUAGUCCAGAGAAAGAAAAAGGGAGUGAAGAAAAAUCUGACACUGAUGGUGAAAAACUGAGUCCUGUCAAAAAUGAGAUAAAGGAUGAAGUUAAAGAGGAAAGAACUGAAGAGCCAAUGGAGGAUGAGGAUGAUGAUGAUACAGAUAUUGAUGAAAAUGGUGCUUUAAAUCUAGUGGGAAAGACUGAAAAAGAUGUUGGUGUGAAAGAUAAAGACAGAAAAAAUGUUAAGAGUGAAAACGUUGAUGUUGAUAUGGUGGAUACGGUAAAGUCAGAGAAGUCAGAAAAAGUGAAGUCAAAAAGUGAUUCUGUGAAAAAGGAAUUGAAAGAAGAAAAUGGGGAUCCAGAUGAGGAGGUGCGACUCGCUAUGGAGGGGGAGGAUUCUCAAGCUGAUCUUCUUUCCAGUGUCUCCCAAACUCUUCUUGCACAAUGGCCAAAGGACCGCAUAGUAUUCCAUCGGCUGGAGCAAAUCUGCUACUGUAUUGAGACUGGUGACUGGCCGUUCCCUCCAAAGAUGAAGAAUGUACACAUCCUUGGCAUUGACUCCAGCAGCAAUACCCCCACACGCUCCCUCACCCCUUCCUUGACCCCUAAACUGGAAGAAGAGAGUCGGCCGAACAGCGCUGACCGAAUGUCAGGGGUUAACAGGGCAGAGCAGGCAGCUGCCACCAAGCGGGAAAGAGACUUCGAGGUACAGAUGGCGGAGGGGGAGAGCCUCAAGAUGACAUUCCACAAGAAAGAGAAAAACAAGAGGAUGAUGGAAGAAGUAGAAAAAGGUGGGAUUCAUUCAUUGAAAUGCCUUAAUUCCCUUCCAAGAGGUCAUUCUGCAUCACAACGUAUCCAGGCCAUCCUGGCGCAGAGUAUGGCAUCAUCACAGGCAGCCUCAAGUGAUGAUAGCCAACAGGAAUCGUUGGCGAGCAUGUCGACGACUCAGGUAUCGUGGACUCCGUGGCUUCCUUCCACGCCCCCUCCUCCUUCUCAUACGUUACACACGCUCAACAUGCAGUUGAUGUUUGACCUUGGAAAGCGAUGUCUUGUACAGGGUGGCGCCGACAGUCCUUUCUUAAAUGGUAGUGGACUAACAGAGGAUGAACUGCUGAUGAACAGACACCUGCUGGAGCAGGGCCUGUUGUUCCCGCGUACAGGUCGGCGUGGCCGUAAGAGGAAGGAGGAGAAGAUGGCUGAGUUGGCCAUGGCUGAGGCCCUAGCUCGGAGACAAACAGCAAGGGCACUGGCUGGGCUUGACAACGAUUCCCGCGUGCCUUUGAUCAACCUAGAGGAUGGAUCACGACUGUCCGGGGAGGAGGCCCCACUGAAGAAAAACCUUGAGACUUGGCUCGACAAACACCCUGGCUUCAUGGUUGACAGUAGGGAAGAAAUAGAGGAGGGAGAAAUUGUGCCAUCUGACUUUGGGGAGCGGCGUAAAGGCAGGAAGCCAAAGUUUGACCCGGCCUUCCUUGAGGUGGAGAAACUGACAGGGGAGGAAAAUGUGUCUGUUAUCAACAGACUAACUGGCAAAAAGAUAACUGGUGCUAAAGCUCCGCCACUGCGGUAUCUAGCCGAGUGGUUGGAGCAAAACCCCAUGUGGGAUGUGGACCCUAAAUGGGCGGAGCUUGUGCGAGCAAAGGUACGCGACCCGGGCUCACUACCAAAGCAGUUGCUUCCGAGGAUUGUGACCCCAUCGCGGAGAGGUCGUCGCCCAAGAGACAGCCCUCUGUCACAUUCCAUGCUCGGGGUGUCGGACCCCCACCAGGCAGCAGCCAUGGCCGCAUCCAUAGAGGCUGCACAACUGGCCCAGCUCAUGGCUGCUGGCUUUGGAAAGAUGCCCAUGCCUUUUGGCUCCAUUCCUGGCCUGGGCUUCAACCCCAUGUUGGGUUUGCCAGGGUUUGGCCUUGGUCUUCCUGGGACGUCUGCGGCAGAAUCUACACCUUCUAAGUCGGAAUCAAAGAGCAAGGAAUCCAAGGGUUCAAGCUCAAAGGAGGAUAGGGAUAAACAUAAAGAGGAAGACAAGAAUGCCAGCCCCCACCCGUCAUUCCCGCUCAUGUUCAACCCACUGAUGUACAACCCUGCCCUUCUUGCUGCCCACGGGCUUGCUAACUUUCCGCUUCCCACCAGUAUGGCGGGCCUCAUGGACCCCGGCCUCAUUAAUGGGCACAGUAGUAGUAGUAGCAAGGAAGAAACAAGUACUAGCUCUUCUAGCAGAAGGGAAAAAUCCUCUCAUAAAAAAUCAGAACUGUUUGAACGUGGAAUGGUAGAAGAUCUCAGUAUACGGAGCAAACGAAAGGAAGUGAUAGAAAACACAACAGAGGCUCAUGGGGCUAGCAAGCCAAAGUUGAACAAAGAUAUGAGCUUUGAAAAUGAUGACAUGCCUUGUGAUCUCUCCAUGAAAUCAAAGUCAAAAGAAGACAAGUCCAAACAAAAGAUAUGCAGCUCAGAUAAACUCAGUAGAAUUGUAGACACACUGAAAUGCCGUGUGAACAAAAUGGAUGAAAAACCGUCAAAGUAUUCUGAGGAGGAUAAUCGUAGAAACAGCUUAGAUGCUGCUUUGAAUCUUAAAACUGAGAGUGGAUCAAGUCAUAGAGAGGAGUCUCGGUCAGGCUCAUCCAGUAAAAAGGACUCAUCAGGCGCUUUGUCUCAUAAACACUCACCGUCAUCAUCAUCAACAUCGAGUCACUCUAACCAUACCUCAAAAGAACCUGUUCCAAAAAUAGUUCAGGAGCUGCUGGCUGCUAAACAGCAGAGAGACCAUGAUGAACUGCUAGGUGCUUCAAAGAAAGUGAAAAAGGCAAGCUCCAAGUCUACCAUCUCACAGGAAGAUGAGAAAUUGAGUGCUGCCGAAGGGAACGACUCAGACUGAUCUUCUUGAAAGUGUCCUACAUGUUGCGUAGGAUUGUGGUCCAUAUCGGAGCUAUGUGUACAUGAAGUUGGCAUUUUGAUUCAAGUUGAAUGGUUCAUGGUAGAACCAUGGUCCAUAUACUUACGUUUGAAGUUACAUGUACGUUUAUGUGGCGUUUUGAUAUGAAUUGAUCUGCUGUUUGCCAAAUAUCUUGGUCGAAUUAUUGUGUUCUAAUAAGCUAAAUGACAAUUAUUUUCUAUGGGUUGUGAACCAAUGAUUUGUAAUAAUCAUUAACGUGGCGAGUGUUAUUUAUUGAGGUGACUGUAAACACACUGUAUGACUGAAACUGAUUUGCUUGUAUGUUUAUAUAGUUGCUGCAUUUUGAGUUGUAUUUUCCUGAUAUUUACUGACAAAACGUGUUGUAAUUUCUGCUGCUGCUGUUUUGUUGCUGUGUUCGAAGUUUUGCUCAGUUUAAGUAUUAAGAAAAUACUUCACAUGUGCAUUUUCACAUUCAUGCAUUUUUGAUAUUAAUCGAUUAUUUGAAGGAACAAAUGUCAUUUAUAUGGUUGAUUUGUGUCUGUUUCUCACAUUUCAAAAUUUCUAUUUUUGCACUUCGUCAUAAUUUAUAAUAUAUAUAUGUACUCACUGCAUAUAAUUUACUUAGGGUUUUAGCCAAGAUUUAAAAGGGCAGAGUGCUGCAGAAAAGAGGCUGGCUGCUGAAAAGGGUACAUUGUGUUGGCCAAUAUUAUUAACUUGACAGAAAAUGAUAGAAGUUGUGUUCGUUUAGGUAAUAUCUGCCAAAUGUAUUAUGUUUGUAUGAAUUUAUAAUCAUAAAAGUAAGUUGCUUUUUAACUAAUCAAAAGCAAUAUUUGACUAUCUUGAGCAUUCAAUGCUAUGAAGGCAAAAGGGUUGACCUGCUGAUCUCCAUGAGGGGAGAAUGGUGCUACCAAUAAAGGGUAGGGUGCAGCACCCUUCUUAACUCUUCAGCUAAAACCCUAUUUACUCUAUAUAGAAGAAACACGCCUAGAAUUCAUCCUGUUGUCCUAGGUGACAUUUAGUGCAAAACUUUAGAUAUGUACAAGUUAAGUACAACAUUUAAUGUAGAUAAUUAUUGAUAUGUUAAUUGAAAUAAUGCGGCAUCAUUACUUUCUUUACUGUUGAGGGGAGUGAAUAUUUUUGCACAUGUACAUAGAUGUGUACUGCUGGUCAUUUUGAUUGUUGAUAUUAAACACCUUCUUGCUUGAACCUUGCAUGUUUACUAUUGGCUUGAUUGUUAAAUGAUACUACCCUCUUUUCAUGAAGAGCAAUUCUUAUUUUGAUAGUGUUUUCUUAAAUAUUUGUAAGAGCUAAAAUAUAACAUCCACUUCUUUAAGAGUUUCAAGCUAAUUAGGGCCAGUUUUGAUUUGUCGAAGUAUUAUAAUUAUUUUAGAAUAGAAUCUUACAGUAGUGCCAUUUUAUGCAUAUCAUUUUGCUGCUGCCUUUUGUAAAAUGAUUUACAGUAUAUAAUAACUUUUCAAGAAAACUUGUUGGAGGAAUUUUUAAAACGGUAGACUUGCAUUUUUAAUGAUAAAGAACCUUUCAGUGUUAUUAUUGAUAAUGACAGGGUUUUAGCCAGGUUUUAGGAAGGCUGUGGUGGGGUAGUGCAGAAAGGGAAAGGGUGCUAAGGUUUAAAAGGGCACAUUGUAUCAGGCUAGCUAAAACCCUAGAGACGUGAUAGAAAAGAACAAAAUGAUGACAUAUAGAAUCUGGUUUGUACAUUUUUGUGCUGGUACACAAGUGGUAUAACGAAUAAAAGUUAAGAUGCAUUUUGUACGCUAGUAGUUUUAGAGUGACAAGUUGAUGCGUCCUCAUGUGUAAGUAAAUCUCAUAUAUUAUUUAUUACAAGUGGAUGCUUGCUAUUUGUAUACAUUCAGGCAUUAGCUUGUGACUCAAAUAAAACAAUAUACAUCUACUUUGCCAUUGUCAAUGUCUCUAUUGUCAUGCCAAACACCAGGCCAUGUAUUACAGAAGCAAUAUUGAUUAAGAACAUUUUAACUAUUGUAACUUGAGUGUAAAAUUGGGAUUUUUUUUUAUAGGAUUUUUUUUUAUAGUUCUUAAAAAAACUUAUUAAAAAUUAAAGUUUCAAUAUUGUAAUUGCAGAAUAUAUAUAAGGAAUAACCACAUCUACCAGUGGUAUAAAACAGUAAAGAAAAUUGCGGAACUCAAGGAAAAGAUACAAUUCUCACUUGCUUCUGUAAUACAGCCCCUGGAAGAAAAACGACGUAAAAAUUGAAUUACUUAUAACUGGUCAAGUGUGUGCUUGUUUCAGCCAAAAUGAUUAUGGCUUCUAGUACAAGUUUACUGUGAGAUUCACUUCUGGUAGAGGCCCAUCUUAUACAUGUUUAAACAUUCACACAACUUGUAGGCAUGAGUUGAUAUCUUCAACAACAUUACAAGUGUUGCUAAAAUUCAAAUCGUUUAAGCACCUAAAUUGUAACCAAACCAUUUCCAUAACCAGUUAUUUUAGGAAUGCACUUUUUAUCUAAAUAAUAAUGGCUGAUAUUUUGUUUGUAUCAUGGGUGAAUACUGUUUGUAUGCAUAGGCAAGUGUCAACAGGGGAGAUGAGAUUGAAUGAAUGUAUUUAUUUGUGUGAUUUUUUUAUGUAAAAAUAUAUUUUCAUAGCAAUAGUUGUACAGUCUGUGGUGUCGAGCAUUUUGGUCAGAUAUAUAUAUGUGGAACAAGAAUACCUUAUAUGUUAUCGAAUCGACCAGAGGAUAUAUUUACCAAGGAAUUGUUAGAGUUCUUUGAACAUGGUACCUGUAUGUACCAAAGAGCAUGGUUUUACAUAUUUGAGGAAAUAUCCUUCUGUAGCUAGGGACAUGUCUUUUUGGUUGAGAUCUGAGUAGUAAGCCAGGGAUGAUACAAUUCACAAUGAAUCCUGAAACCUGGAUCAAGAGUUUUCAAUUUCAGACUGUUGGUCUUUUGUUUUUGCUGGUCAUUUGCAUUGAAUAUAAUAAGAACUACCUUUGAAUUAAUUGAAAUGACUUUGAAAAUAUUCUAUUAAAGCACCUUAAACUUGUUCAAAUCGUUAUAAAUCAUCUAAGACAUAACCGCCAUAAGCAUAACAUUUUACUUUCUAUCCCUCGUACUUCCAACUGUUUUUUUUCAGGAUUGGGAUUUUCAGUCUGUUAUCAUCUCUGGUGAGCUCCAACCCUGCUGAUUUAAGUUGUCCGAGUGUGUUCAAGUAGAGCCAUACUCUGGUAAAACCAAGAACUAUAUCUCAGGGAAAAGUUAUGUAAAAUAUUUGAAAAAUAUUUAUAAUCUUUAGUUCCUGUAAGAUUUUACUGUAAUUGCUCUUGAAGAUUAGUUUUGCUUGGCACUUGGUUGUUUUUUCUACUAGAAUGUUACAAUGUAUGUACAUAGACUACAGACUUAAAAACAAGGACAAUACAUCGUGAUAUCAACAUGUACUUUGAAACUGACAAGACCCUAUUACAUUUGUUAAAUACUCAUUCAAAACCAAAACAUAGUUUCAGUAUUAGGUCAUGAAUUGGCUCUGCAUUAUCAAUUUGUCAUACCGUAAAAUGAGUGUGAAGCAUUCUGAAAACAGUGGUUUAUGUUUGUUCCAUUAUUUGCUAUAAGAUUUACAAAGCUGUCUACUUCCAUGAUAUAUAAUUUCCUUGAGUUGUACUUGAUUUGCUACUUUUCUUCAUUAUGGUUCAUUUUUUACAAUAUUUUGUAUGUGACUUUGUCAAGACAUUUUUGAAAAUAUUUUGUAGAUGAAAUAAGUAAUUUAAAAAAUAAAGAUGAAAUGUGCA